CUGCAGAAGUAAUUCGCGAAGCAGCGGGCUACGGGAGCUUUUUUUUUUCGCUGGGCGAGCAUUGGCGAACUUGCACUGGGGGUGUUGAAACAUUGCCAAGGGCUCGCGCGCGUGUGUUGUGUGCCUUCCCUCUUGAGUCGCUUUCGAUAGUGUGACCGUGGUGCACUGAGCCAGCGUGCGAUUAUUCCACCAUUGGUGCAAGGUGUCUCUGCACGUGGCCUUUUUGCACUGCGACUUGCACUACUGAUCGACUCCCUUGGUCCAGCACGCUGCUGAAGCUGGGUUCGGGGCUAUGGGGGGUUUCGUCAUCAUCCACGGAGUCCAUCGGGGUGUGUACGUGCGUGCUUUUGUCUGUGCGGUUCACAUCGCCACUGGGCCGCUAUCUCUUAUCGUGCUCGCGCUUUGCUAGACCUUGUCGUCUGCCAAGGAACAGCGAGGCCUGUCGGUGUCGGCGAGCAAACCACAGCUGCGGCUUGGCUUGUCGGCUGGACACGGUUUCUACUUUUUCGUGAGAGUGAACUACAGUUUUUUGUCGGUUAAACAGAGAGAAACAGUGUAGGGCAUCGUGCUAACAACACUCGACUGCCUUUGUGAGAAGACUCGAGGGAAAAUAGUCUACAAGACCGUUUUGUCAGCUGUUUAGCAUUCACAUGAAUUUCUUCUCUUCAGUCUGCGGGGCGUGGAGGAGAAAAAAAGGCUAUUCUUCAUUUUUAUUCGAAAGGCUUUGCGGGAGCACGGCUAGAACACAGCAAGUCACAUGGUCUGUCUGACUCGUGCCACGCGGCUGUGCGUUGAUGCGGAUGUCUGCUGCCCGCUUGGUGUAAUCCCGUCUCGGCGAAGCCGCCAUUGCAAGGCUACCACCUUGGUGCGGAGUACUGAGUGUGGCGCGUAACCUGCUGUCUGCAAUCCUUUUUGUUCUUUGCUUCGUCCCACCAGCUCUUUGUCUGCCAUCGUUGGUCGAAAUCAUUACCGGCUUCGUGCACUUGUCUGUCGUGUGAAGCGCAUCACUUUGGUUUUAGACACCAAGAGAGGGACAUCUGUAGAAGAAAACGUCAGGAGCCCUACCACGCUCAUGGCCUCCCCAGAACACAUCAGCUACCGCAGCCUCUCCCCGCACCCACAUGUUGUACCCUUCCUCGGAGACCGCCACCCGCUUGUGUACCUUCGUGACGACCACCAUUCAGGGCAAUUUCGCCAUGACCCCGCGGACAGCGAAGGUCACGCAGAACCGCUGGACCUGAGCUUACCCCGUCCACCCAGAGGUCUCAGUGCUGGUUCCGUGUCGCCGCCGCCCUCUCCGCACUCAGGCGGCUCUGGUGGCAAGGAGCCGAGCGGCAAGCGGACCCAGCAGAAAGACCACGCUGCCCAUAGACCUGCUUCUAGUCACAGGAACGUGAGCAGCACUUCGUCUUCCUCUGCCAGGGCCCAGCGCCACUCCCCAUAUCCCCAGCCGCACUAUCCAGCUCCAUUACCUCCACCACGCAACGGGUACGGCAGUCCAGGAGUCAGCGAGCUUCAUGUUUCUCAGCAGCAUUACUAUCAGUCGCCGCAGCAACUGCCGAUGUCCUCGUCACCUGUAAUGUUCCCCCGACGCAGCUCACCUCCGUUCUUCGUUGAGGGACGCCACCACGUUCACGCAUACGGUGUCAGCACAGAAGUUCCGACAUCUAGUACGGGAUCACUGCUGUCACCUUAUCCUGUUGGGCUCAUGUCAGGCGCUCAUCCCUCUGCACCAGUCCAGUCUUCAGCUUCCACCUCAAGAGAGCGAGAUCUGUCGUCGCCGUCUUCUGCCCGCCUUUCUUCCAGAUCCCGCGACCACUCCCCCCGACCUGUCGCUAACUUCUUUCGCCCUUUUGACGACGUCGACAACGGGACAACUCCGGCUUCGCUCGCCCUCACAACGAGCCGAGUCGGCUCCGAACGCCUGCAAAGGUCAAGUGAAGCCGACCUUUCGGCCUCCUCGUCACUUCUGAUGCUGUCAACUUCGAGGUCAUCCCAAUUGUCGUCGUCCACAGCUCAUCGAGAAACGGAGAGGAUAGAGUACGACGAAGGAGAUUACCGUCAGGUGCAGCAGCGUCGAACUCCACCUACAGAGGGCAUGCAGGACGCAGGCGCAGCCUUUGUUCCCAGCGCCUUUCAUCGCCUUCCACCACAGCACCAGCAGGUAGCUUCACCUCUCUCCUCCUCUUCGAACGAGCGGCCUCAGCAGAACCUGGAGCAGUACACUUGCACGACAUCUCGCCAGUCCUCGUCUCCUAGCUUCAAAAACGGAGGAGAAGCAGAUGCAUCCUGUGAGGAACGACUCCGGAGCAAAGGAUACGAACCCAUGGAGACGACACCCGUUUCCUCCUCGCAGACGACCCAACUUGUCAGCCCACCAGUUUCCAGCCAGGCCUGCGAGGACUCAUCGGUCAAAGUUUAUUCGUCCCACUCUGCUCCGACAAUGGAAGCAAAGCAGCAGCAGCAGCAGCAAAAGCCCCUGUCGUCUCGCUUCGUUACAGUUGUGCCUCCGUACUCGUUGUCUCGAGAGAUCAUCGCCAAGAGCGAGCGUGAUGCCAGGCGAGACGGUCUGUUUUACUUUCUGAACGUCAAAGGCAUCGAUGCGGAGGGGGAGAAGGGGAGGAGCGAGCCUUCGCCCAAAAGGAAUGAGGAAGAAGAGGAGGACGGCGGCAUCAAGGCGCCUGAUCCCAACCUCAAGAUGUCGCCCCUGGAUUACGUCAUCUCUAAGGUGUUGGUGGAGAGGCUGGACGUGCCUUUCAAGGCCUGCAACACUGAGAUCAAGAAGAUAUACCUGGGCGAGCGCAAAGGGAAACUGCGACUGGCUGAUCUUAUAGAACUGCAGGUGGAAGAGAGCCUGAAGGCUUAACUGCUGAUCCCUAGACCAUCUCAUAUGUGACUAUAGAUUCAGUGCAGUUUCAAAAUAAAUCUGACAGUACGCAUGGGAGACAAUCUCUGAGCAGAGCUGAAAGUUACCUCCCCAGAGCAAACAGACAAAAUGCAGAUGGAGACCUGAAAAAAAACUUUUUUGUUUCAUUGUUUGGAGACAGUGGGUUAUAUUCUUGCCUGGAGACAUUGGGGUAUGUUCACAGUGCUUGUGUAGCUUGUUGUGACCUAUUAUGGAUUAAUGACUUCUGAGUUUCUGCUGUUAGACCGGGUGAGUGGUCUUAUGGAGUUUGUUUAGGACAUUUGGACAAGGAUUGGAUGAUAAAUAAAAAUGGCACAACAAAAAGACAGGCUCGUGUUCCAACACUUUCCCAUCCCUUCUCCUCCUACCUCUGCCUUCAUUCCCCGUGGUCUGUGGUUGGAGUACCAAAAUAAUUGGCCUGGAAUGUCAAGUGAUAUUAUUGGUUGGACCGCGGAGGAGACUUUUUUUGCGGACACAGUUUUGAAAGCGACGGGAAAAUUCGGCGAGCUACGUAAUUUCCGGACCUUGUCACGGACGUCUUCAUUGGUCGCCUAUUACUAAUACCUCGUUCACAUGUUUUUCAUCUUGUCGGCAUGCACACACACAUACACUCUUUUUCACCUCUCUCUCUCUCGUGAGGAACCAUGCCAUAAUUAUGGCUGGCAGGGUCCGCUCAGUUCCCAUCAUGCUUUCGAACCCUGUCAGUGUCUGUGAAGCCUGUUACGUCAUCUAAAAACGGUGUGGCAUGUCCCUUUCUGUGGACUUGCAUUGUAUACAUAUUUCUAUAUGUAAGUGUGCUUGCGAGUGUCUGUAUGUUCGUGUGAAAGUAAUGGGAUGAGGUCCACGGCCCGUCCUUCGGCUUUGAGUGCAGCUUUAGAAGCUGCUGCUGACACAGCGACUCCUACAAUGAGUUUCACAACAAGAGAGUUUAGUGGUGCUCUCCGUGUUGGUCCCCCACUAUCAAUGCCCAGCCUGUCUCGUAACUCAGAGGAAAACGGCUUUCACUCGUUCGUCUCCAUCCGGCACACCCCUCCACCGGUAUGGAUGGAAACCAACGUGGCGCACCUCAGCCCACUCCUCCCUACUAUCUUCUUCCCCACGAGGCAAGAAGUCAGGUGCACCUGCUUUUCUGGAUGUGAAUAUUAAGUCAAAAACCCUGCCAUAUUUAUUUCCAUUCAUCUUUCCACAAUGACAACGUUCACAAACAUUUUCAUGUUUCAAUUAAGGUGUUCCUGUUUAGGAACUAUUAUCUAAUUGCGUCCUGUCGCUGUUGAAGAAAUAGACUUGUGGGAAUGUAAAUUGAAAUAUUUUGGUUCACGGGUGGGAUGGCUUGAAAAAGUGCAUUUACCAAUGGUAUAUUUCAAUCUGCAUUCCCAAUCAGUUUAUAGCAGAAUGCAGAGGAAGAUGAUAGGUUAAUAUUUAUUUCUCUAUAGCAUUUUCAUAAUUUUGAAAGAAGAGUCUUAUUGUAAGCUAGCAAAUAUUUUGGCAUUUUUACUGUGCUUUUGGGAAAUGCAUUGCGUGAUUCAUGUU